UUGCCAGGUAGCAACCAAUAUCCGGUACAGAAGAAAACGCACCUGGUAAUUCGGUCAACCUGUACUACUGUGCUGGAAACAUCUGAUUCUGGCAGAGGACAAAGUAAUAGUGUCCAUAACAUUGUCAGGACGCGCGCAAAGUCUAGAAACCCCUACGACAGAUUGUCUGGCGGAUGAUUUAACGCUUUUCGGAUGCCUGUGUGUUUGCGCUCUUGCAGUGCGUGUUCUUAUCGCCUGCUUGAUCCUAGCGAUUAAAUCCAAAUCUGACGACCGGUGAAGGGAGGACCAAUAAAUAGCGCGUGAAAGGUUGAGCUGGACAUUAGUCGUCUGAAGUCGCAACUCAACAACACACGUUCGGGAUGAAGUUUGUCGGUGCGUUCGCUGCCGUUGGCCUGUUGGCCAUUUGUACGCUGGCCGGUGCCAAGUCGAUCGAUAUCGACUUCACCCGGGUCAGGUCGAUCGAAGACACGGAACGAUACUGGCGCCGUCUGCCGGCCGAGAUGCAGUACUUGCGAACGGUCGAGGAACCGCUGCGUCGCAUCACGAACGGUCAGCUUGCCUCGACUGCUCAGUUCCCGUACCAGGCCGUCGUGUACAGUGAGGCCGGCGAUGGCUACUACAGCUUGUGCGGUGGCACUAUCCUGACGCAGAACUACAUCCUGACGGCGGCCCACUGCGUUACGAACGACUUGGACCAGGCCGUGACGGGUGGUAUUGUGAUUCUCGGUGCUACCGAUCGUACCAUCAUUCAAUCGACGCAACAGCGCAUGACGUUCAGCAACGCCGGUAUUCGCGUGCAUCCGCAGUACAAUUCGGCCAGCAUCCGGAACGAUAUCGCUACCAUCCGGUUGGAUACGCCGGCCGCCUUUAACAGCUACGUGAAGCCGAUCGAUCUUCCCGCUCUGUCCGAUGCGCGUCAGUUUGGUGGUGUUGAGGGUACGGCUUCCGGUUUCGGCCGUACCACGGACACGUCGGCUCCCUCCUCGGUGCUGAUGUUUGUGCGCAAUCCGGUCAUGACGAAUGCGCAGUGCAAUACUUACUGGAGCACAACCUCGGUGCAGGCACAGAACGUGUGUCUCGAUCCGACCGGUGGACGGUCGGCCUGCAACGGUGACUCGGGUGGCCCACUGACGGUGCAGGAUGCGGGCCGCAGUCUGCAGGUUGGCAUCGCUUCGUUUGUUUCGUCCCGCGGCUGUACGUCCGGAGCGCCAUCCGUGUGGGUGCGUGUGUCCUACUUCCGCGACUGGAUUCGUCAGAACUCGGACUAUGUGUUCCGUGCCUAGGGACAGGAGGGCAUAACGAUUAGUGUGCAACUUGUUGAACUUACCAUACAUGAAUAAUAUACGAAUGCAGAGAAGGAAUCGAUGAGUUGUCCGACGAGGAUCCCCGUCAUACAACAAAA